AUGAUGAACCAAAGCGAAUUCACGGCAUCGCUAUGCCAGCCAUCAAACGACAACGCCUUCGGACCAGUCGUGAAAGGAUGUCGUUCAGAAUUCGACUUCACGUUGUUGUUCGAGCAGACCAUCCUCUCGAUUGGUCCCGCAGCAUUGCUGCUCCUGUUCGUCCCACCCCGCCUCGUCACGCUUCUACGAUCCAGCGCCAAAACUCGACUUUCACGAUUUCGAUCAAUCAAAACAAUCUUGUGUCUCUCCCUCAUCGGAGUCCAGCUCGGCCUGCUUGUACUCUGGACAUCGAACCGCGUGACUCGAGCCACGCUACCGUCCUCAGCUUUGUCAUUCGCAGCCGCCAUCGCAAUCCUCCUUCUCUCUGGUCUUGAAGACAGCCGAGCCAUCCAACCAUCAUUUAUACUUAGUAUUUAUCUCCUGUCAACACUUUUGUUCGAUGCCGUCCAAGUCCGGACUUUGUACCUUCGACAUGACGAUCCCGCAAUUCUUGGCCUUUGUACUGUGAGCGUGGCCAUCAAAGCUUGUCUGCUCAUCGUGGAAAGUCGUAGCAAACGCCAAUACCUGAGAGCUCCAUACAAUGAUUACUCCCCAGAGACCACUGGGGGGCUAUUCAGCAGAAGCUUCUUCUGGUGGAUCAAUCCGAUCCUUGCAACUGGAUUCCGCAGACUUCUUACAUUGGACGAUCUGUUUCAAACUGAUGCCUCGCUUCUGUCUGAACCACUUCGAGAUCGCAUGCAGAAGUCUUGGGAUAAAUACCAUGCUCGAGGAAAUUCUCGUCUCGCUGUUUCAAUCCUUCACUGUUUGAGGUGGCCUUUCCUCUCCGUCAUCUUCCCGCGAUUGUGUUUAAUAGGCUUCAAUUAUUCUCAGCCAUUUCUGAUCAGCUCCGCUAUCAACUUCGUCUCCAAACCGUCUGCAAGUCGGAACAAGAACGACGGUUAUGGAUUGACUGGGGCGGCAGCGCUCAUAUAUCUUGGAAUCGCAAUAUCCACCACGCACUACCAACAUGCAGUUAAUCGUGUGUUGGUCGGAUUCAGAGGAGCGGUGGCGUCCCUCAUCUUCUCGAAGACGCUGAAGCAGCACGCCAAUGUUCAAGACAAGGAUGCAUCUUUGACUCAUAUGAGCAGCGAUAUCGAUCAGCUUGCCUUCAGUCUCGAUGCUCUGUGCCAAGUAUGGGCGCAAGUCAUUGAACUUACGAUUGGUCUGUACCUGCUUAGCAGAAAUCUUGGAUGGGUCUGCGUUGCACCCAUUGUCAUCGUCGUCAUUUCCACUCUUUGUGCUGGCCAGGUGACCAAGUUGAUUGGUCCAAGGCAAAGAGACUGGAUUGCAGCUGUCCAGACUCGUGUCGGGAUGACAUCCUCUAUGCUCGGCUCAAUGAAAAGUGUCAAGAUGAUGGGAUUAUCCGAUGUUCUGUCGACAACGCUCCAGAAACAGAGAGUCAGAGAAUUGAAUCUCUCGAAGAAAUUCAGGGUCAUGGGAAUGUGGCGCAUGAUAUUGUCUUUCCUGCCCACCACAGUCGGACCAAUGGUGACCUUCGUGAUAUUUGCCAUCCAAGCAGCAGCCAGAGGAUCCGAGAGGUUGUCAACUAGUGAGACGUUCUCCUCGCUGUCAAUCAUUUCACUCCUUACAUCUCCUGCUGAAGAGUUUCUGCAAACACUGCCCAUGAUUGGAAUGGCCACUGGAUGCUUGGAAAGGAUACAGAAAUUCCUUCUCUCCGAAUCAUGUGAAGAUCGGCGUCUCAUCCAGGAUUCCGGAACUUCUGCAGUCGCACACCAAACCGAGCGUGGGAUUGAGCUUCAGAGUUUCGCCAGUAACCCAACGGAUAUUGUCCUUUCCCUUCGCAAUGCCACGAUGAAACCAUCUCAAUCAGCUGCAACGGCUGUUCGGAAUCUGAAUCUUGAUGUCAUCAAAGAAUCUUUGACGAUGGUUGUCGGAGUUGUGGGAUCUGGCAAAUCCACCUUGCUUAAAGCAAUCAUCGGCGAGUUGCAGUGCGAAACCGGGUCCAUCAUCGCGAACUUCAAUACAUCUGCGUACUGUAGUCAAAUACCAUGGCUCCAGAAUACGACUGUUCGCAAGAUUGUAACCGGAUAUGACAAUCAUAGCGAGGACGACAGUCAGUGGUACGCCUCGGUUCUUCAUGCAUGCGCUUUCGAUCGCGAUGUGCUGGUUCUACCAGACCAGCACGACACAAUUAUCGGAAGUCGAGGGGUGACUCUUAGUGGUGGACAGAAACAACGAUUAGCACUUGCACGAGCUGUAUACGCAAGAAGAAGCGUCAUUGUACUUGAUGAUGUUCUCAGUGCAAUCGAUGAAAUAACCGAAGCGCUUAUUAUCGAACGUCUGUUUGGCACCUCUGGUCUAAUCAAAAAGCUGGGUUGCACUGUAGUUUUAGCUACACAUGCCAUCAAACAUCUUCCAUUAGCAGACAACAUACUCGUUCUGGGAGCUGAAGGCAGUCUGAUUGAACAAGGAACUUUCGAAGAGCUACGAGGUCGGAAUUCCGAAAUGAUAAACUCAGUCCUUAACCAGGAGCAACCCCAGUCACCUACCCUCGAUGAAGUUGCGGACCAACAGGAUGCUCACGAACAAGAACGUCAAGUCACCGCCAAAGCGAAAACAGCCUCGGAUAACGAAACAGCAGAUUUGACGAGAAGAAUUGGUGAUAUGUCAGUUUAUAACUAUUACCUGAAAUCCAUCGGAUGGAAAAUCGCUUUGGCGAAUGUUGUGACUGCCCUAAUCUGGACUUUGGGAUCAAAUUUUCCUCCUUUGUGGCUCACCUGGUAUGCCGAUCACACCGUGCAGGGGAUUGGACUGUUCGUGGGUAUCUAUGUCACGAUUGCGGUGGUCGCCCUGCCAGCAGCAACGGGGCUUCUAUAUAAUCUAUACAUGAAACUCAUCCCGAGAUCUGGUGCUGGUCUCCACAAGAUUCUCCUCACAUCCGUCAUGGGAGCCCCGCAGUCAUUCUUCGACGAGACAGAUUCUGGACUGGUGCUGAACCGAUUCAGUCAAGACAUGACCCUCAUCGAUGCUAGUCUACCUGGGGCAGCAGCAAUGUGUUUCUCAGCCUUCCUCCAGUGCCUCGCUCAAUUUGGACUCAUCGCUACCGGAUCGACUUACAUGGCACUUGCAUGCCCAGCACUCGUACUCUGCGUUUACUUCCUUCAGAGUUUCUACCUUCGAACGUCACGCCAAAUGAGAUUCCUAGAUCUGGAAUGCAAGAGCCCAUUGUACACACAUUUCACAGAGACUAUCGAGGGCCUUUCAACAAUCCGAGCAUUCGGCUGGGAAGAACACUUCUUGAGGGAGAAUAUCGAAUUACUCGACAAAUCUCAACGUCCCCACUAUCUGAUGUACUGUAUUCAACGCUGGUUCAACCUCGUUCUGCUCCUCUUGGUUGGGCUUACGGCAGUCAUUGUCGUAGCUCUGGCCACUAGUCUCACUAGCACCACCACUGGUGGACGCCUUGGCAUUUCUCUGAGCUCUAUUGUGAACUUCAACUUCAGCCUCGGCAUGUUCAUGAUGUUUUGGACUCAGAUGGAAACUUCCCUAGGCGCGAUUGCGAGAUUGAAGAGCUUUGAGAAAGAGACAGCAUCUGAGCACAAGGAAGAGGAAACGUUCAUACCAAGCCACGACUGGCCUACUGCGGGUGCUAUUGAGUUCAGAAACGUUUCAGCGUCCUAUGGCACAUCUUCCGCACUUCGCGAUCUUUCUCUGAACAUCAAGUCGGGUGAAAAAAUCGGCAUCUGUGGUCGCACGGGAAGUGGAAAGAGUACGCUUUUGUCCGUUCUCCUUCGUAUUCUCGACACUACAUCUGGCAAUAUUUUCAUCGACGGCAUUGACCUGAAUGUGAUUCCUCGCGAAACCAUCCGCUCCCGCAUUGUCACCAUCCCUCAAGAACCGUUCAUACUCUCUGGAACCGUUCGUCUCAAUGUCGAUCCUACAUCAGCAGCAACGGACGAGUCCAUCGUCGCUGCCCUGACCAAAGUUGGACUUUGGGACAUCCUGUCUUCACGCGGCGGUCUUGACGCUGACAUGAUAGCCAAUCCUCUAUCUCAAGGCCAACAGCAAAUCUUCUGCCUUGCGACAGCAAUGCUCAAACCGAAUGCUAAGAUCUUAGUCCUGGAUGAGGCGACCAGCAAUGUUGAUGCGGAGACUGAUAAAGUGAUGCAGAGGAUUAUCAGGGAAGAGUUCAAGGACUUCACGGUCUUGACCGUUGCUCAUCGUAUGGAUACUAUCAUGGACUCGGAUAGAAUUGCUAUGUUGGAUGGGGGACGAUUGGUCGAGUUUCGGAAGCCGCAGAAGUGA